CCUUGCAGCUGACUCUGUUGCCAUUACUGUUAUCCAGAAGGAAGUGUGUGCACAAUCCCCAGGUCAUGCUGUUUUUGUCCAGAGCUUCAGGCACAGCCACGUGAAGAGGAAAUGAAGAGUGGGAACGAAACUUCUUCGGCAGACUUCAUUCUGCUGGGACUCCUGAGCCAGACGAAAGUGCACAUUUUCUCUCUGGCUCUGAUCUUAUUAGCUUUCAUCACUGCUGUGUCUGGAAAUGUUCUCCUCAUACUUCUAAUCAAAGUAGAUUCCUCCCUUCACACCCCCAUGUACUUUUUCCUCAGCCAACUGGCCUUCAUAGACAUCUGUGAGACUCUGAUUGUUGUUCCCAAAAUGGCAGCAGGCUUUCAGAGUGCAGGCAACCCCAUUUCUCCAGUUGCCUGUGGGGCUCAGAUUUUCCUCUCUCUGACUGUGGGUGUGUCGGAGUGCCUUCUUCUGGCAGUCAUGGCUUAUGACAGGUAUGCAGCCAUUUGCAACCCCUUGCAAUACCCUAUCCUCCUGAGCAGGAAAGUCUGCCUGGGCCUGACAAGUGGGGUCUGGAUUGCAGCAUCGGCAGAUGCAUUGAUUCUGGCAGCUUCUACAAUGCAGCUUUCCUACUGUGGCUCUAGAGAGAUUAACCACUUUUUUUGUGAGGUCCCAGCCCUGCUCAAAUUGUCCUGCACUGACACAUCCCAAUAUGAGACUCUGGUGUUCAUGACUAGCGUUGUCCUUCUCCUCAUCCCCUCUUCCAUCAUCAUAGCCUCUUAUGCUCGCAUCCUAGCUACAGUCCUAAGGAUGAAUUCAACCAAACCGCGGAAAGCUCUGGCCACUUGUUCCUCCCAUCUGACUGUAGUUGUCAUAUACUAUGGGGCAGGCAUCUUCAUGUACCUGAGACCCACCUCCUACCACUCACCAGAUCAAGACAAGAUUGUGUCUCUAUUUUACACUGUUGUCACCCCAGUACUAAAUCCACUCAUCUACAGCCUGAGAAACAAGGACGUCUUAGGUUCUCUAAGAAAGCUGUUUGGGAAAUGCAGAGUCUUCCAACAAAAUUUAUAGAAGCUGUAGUUUACAACCUACUAAGUCUCAUCAGCCUGAGAAGGAUACUGGCACAG